AUGGCUGGUAACAUGCCCAUGCCACGUAGACAGUAUGACCCCUAUUCCAACUCAUACAAUCCGGGUUGGAGGGAUCAUCCAAAUAUGAGCUAUGGGGGAAAUAAGCAACAAAAAUUCAUCCCCAAUAGACAGCAGGGCUUCCAGCAACAAUAUCAAACAAGGAAUCAACCCUCCUCUGCCUCAGGUAUGUCCCUAGAAGACAUGGUUAAAACCAUAGCCUCUAAUACUAUGAAAUUUCAGCAGGACACUGAGGCCAGCAGUCAAGAGAUGAAGGCGCAUAUGCAAAACUUGGAAAAUCAGAUGAGUCAAUUGGCCUCAAUUGUCAACCUACUGGACUCCCAGGGGAAGGGAAAACUUCCAUCGCAACCUGAGGUGAAUCCCAAGAAUGUAAGUGCAAUGACCCUCAGGAGUGGGAAAGAGAUUGAAGGACCAGCACCAGUGGCUCCGAAGGACAAGAAUGAGGACCGCAUUGAGAAGGAACUUGAGGAAGAAGGAAUGCCCGGCACAAAUAAAGAGGUAAUACGUAACCCAAGGGUUCCAGUUAAGCCUAACCCACCACCUUUUCCUAGCAGGAAGAAAUUGAGGAGAGAUGAAAGGAUAAUUGUGGGAGAGAACGUAUCCGCAGUGCUUCAAAGAAAACUUCCGCCCAAGUGUGGAGACCCAGGUAUGUUCACUAUCCCUUGUAAAAUAGGGAACACUAGCAUUAGGAAUGCCAUGUUAGAUCUAGGAGCCUCUAUAAAUGUGAUGCCCAAGGCUAUUUAUGCUUCUCUAAAUUUGGGUCCCUUAAAGGAAACUGGCAUUAUAAUUCAAUUGGCUAAUAGGACUAAUGCUUAUCCCGAUGGGGUGAUAGAAGAUGUGUUAGUGCAAGUGAACAAUUUAGUGUUCCCAGCUGAUUUUUAUAUUCUUGAUAUGGGUGAUGAACGUUCUCCAAAUCCAUCACCAAUUUUGUUGGGGAGGCCCUUCUUGAGCACGGCUCGUACAAAAAUUGAUGUUAGUGAGGGCACCCUAACGAUGGAAUUUGAUGGAGAAAUAGUCCAUUUCAGUAUAUUUGAGGCCAUGAAAUAUCCGUGUCAUUCUAAUGCUAUUUUUGCUAUAGGCCCAGUGGGGAGUCCGGUCCAAGUGGUGGCAAAGAAAGCAGGGGUAACUGCGGAAGAAAAUCAUGAAAGGGACCUCGUUCCAAUUCGAAAGCCUACGGGUUGGCGCCAGUGCAUCGAUUACCGCAAAUUGAACGCGGUGACCAAGAAGGAUCAUUUUCCUCUUCCAUUCAUCGAUCAAAUGGUUGAAAGGUUAGCUUGUCGUGCCUAUUAUUGUUUUUUAGAUGGUUUCUCUGGUUAUUUUCAGAUAGCAAUUGCACCAGAGGAUCAAGAGAAAACAACUUUCACUUGCCCCUUUGGCACUUUUGCCUAUCGAAGGAUGCCAUUUGGAUUGUGCAAUGCCCCUGCAACAUUCCAGAGGUGCAUGAUUAGCAUUUUUUCUGAGUAUGUGGAGAGAAUAAUUGAGGUAUUCAUGGAUGACUUUAGUGUCUAUGGUGAUAGUUUUGACGAUUGCUUAGAUAACCUGACAUUGAUUUUAAAAAGAUGCAUUGAGACUAACCUAGUGCUCAAUUGGAAAAAAUGUCACUUCAUGGUUGAGCACGGGAUAGUUCUAGGACAUGUAGUAUCAUCUAGAGGAAUUGAGGUUGAUAAAACUAAAAUAGAUGUGAUAUCUACUUUACCUUACCCCGUAACUGUACGGGAAGUUCGUUAUUUUCUAGGACAUGCAGGUUUCUAUCGCAGAUUUAUCAAGAAUUUCUCAAAUAUCGGGGCACCACUUUUCAGGCUUUUGUAA